AAGGAGAAACCUUAAUAAAAAAUGGCAACGCUAACUAUAAAAACCGUCAUUACCAAAAUAAACAAACACUGAAUGAAAUCUUCAAUUCCAUUUCCCAAAAGUUGUUGAAGAAGAAGAGAGCACAAUGAGGAGAAGAAAGAAAAAGAAAAGCAUGGGGUGAAGCCACGUGGCGAGGUAUAAGAGGUCAGAUGGUUGUUCUGUGUGAUGAUGGCUGCUGCUGCUGCCUGCCAUGUCAGACCCCAUCGUCCUUCUCUCCGUAUCGUAUGCUUUACUUUCUCUCUCUAGACCCAUUCGGUUUCUCUCUCUAAAACAAGACUUAAUUGUGUGUUGUGUGUGUGUAUUUAUAAGUAAUAAGUCGCUGUCCAUAUUUAAUUUUUUCGCUUUAUUUUACAUUUGGUGGCGUGUGCGUCGUGUCUGUCUCCCUUUUUUAUUUUUAUCCCUCUCUCCUCCUCUUUUCUCGUAUCGCUUCCGUGCCCUAAUUUCUCCGCCUUUCCAAACCCUCCUCCCACUCUUAAUCUCGUCGCGUUUCAGAUUGUUACUGCGGUUUUGAUUCUGAUUCUGCCCGGAAUUGGGUUCCUGAGCUGCUUUUCUUAUCUGGGAAUUUGAGGUUUGCGUUUGCUCAGAUUUCCUCCACAUCUUAUUUGAUAUUUUUCCGUUAAUGCAUAGCACGCUUGUGUCUGCUUUAGCUGCAAAUAUGACACAGGGGAUUAAGGAAUGAAGGAUAAGGGUUUGACGGCUAGUAAAAUGAUAAAUAGGAACUGGGUCUUGAAGCGCAAACGAAAAAAAAUCUUGUAUGGACGAGUUGUUGCCAAUGGUAAAGAAGAGAAAGUAGCAGCCUUGGAGUCUCCUAGAAAUACUUCUGCUGCUAAACGCAAGCUAAAAAGUGAAGUAGACUCUGAUUUAUCUUCAUCCAAGAAGAAGGGGAACGAUGGGUAUUACUAUGAAUGCAUGAUCUGUGACAUUGGUGGAAACUUGUUGUGCUGUGAUAGCUGUCCUCGAGUAUACCAUCUUCAGUGCCUCGAUCCACCACUUAAGCGCAUUCCAAUGGGAAAGUGGCAAUGCCCAAAGUGCUGUCAAAAAAGUGAUCCUCUCAAAUCCAUUACUCAGCUGGACUCCAUUUCAAAGCGGGCAAGAACAAAGAUUAUUUCAUCAAAUCCAAAAAGCGGAAUUAGGUCUUCUAGUGCUGACCAAGUAUCUCAUCUUUUUGGAAGUUCCGUUCUCUCCAAGCGAAGGUCCUCCAGCAAAGGAAAAUCUGCGUUUUCUUUAGAAGUUUUAUCUGGUGAAAAGGAACCAGCUUCUUUGGAUGUAUCCAGUAGCAUCAAGCCGGGUGAUCCUUACAUUGACGUCUCUUUAGAGGGUACCUCAUCAUGUGUGCAUGAUAAUGAUUUAAAUAUACCUGAUGCAUCACCACCUGUCUCACCAACAGGCAAGGAAACUUUGACAAAUUCUGAACUCACAAAAUUAGAGCCUACUGAUGAAAUAACUGAUCGAAAGCAUGACUUGUCUUGUUAUAAUGGGUUUCCAAGAAAAAAUAUUGUUCUUGCAAUUGGUGCCACCAUCGAGAAAGACAGAAAAAGAAAACUAGAAAGCAAUGGUGAAAAUGGUGAAGUAAAGAAGCAUAGGGCUGACAAAGGAAAACGCACUUCUAAGAAACGUCAAUCGAAAUCCAAUUGUUUAUUUACUGGGAGUACUCAACUGUUACAAAAAGAGAGAACUGUUGAUCAUGGGGUUUCCACAUUAAGUUUAAAGAAUGAUGUUGAAGUCAAGAAUGUAGAGGUGCAAGGGAAGAAUGAGAAGCUUCUCGAAGAACUUGUUCACCCAUCAAAUGAGACUAAUAAGGCUGGGGGUUAUGCGGAUGAAACACAAUUAGGUGAAGAUCUUGCUAUCCAUGAACUUCAACAGGUUGAUCGUGUUUUAGGAUGCCGGAUUCAAGGUGAUAAUGCAAGCUCUUCAUGUAAUUUAUCUUCAUUUGUGACAGAUGACCUACCUUCAGAUCAAUUACUCAUUCCUGAAAUCCAUAUGAGAGAGGAAAAUUCUGGUUGUGAUGUUGAUUCCAAUGUAGCAGUUGCUGAAAAUAUUGCAGAGGGUUGUCCUGGAAUCAACCAAAUUUUUGAUGAGGGAAAAAGCAUGAAGGAUGAAACUGUGGUGGAUAAAAUACAUGUAUAUAAGAGAUCUGCAAGUAAAGAUUGUAAAGGAGAAAGACCCAAGGAUUUAUUGGGGAAAGAUAACACGGGUUCUGGUUCUAGAGGUGUAAAUGAUAAAGAUGGAGAUGAGUCUCAAGUAACUGCAGAAGAUUCUGUAAAACAAGCUGAAAAUGUUGCAAUAAAGGAGAAUAUUGGCGAUCGUCUGAAAAGUCGGGAUAUCACUGAGCUCAAUUUAUCGCCUGAAACCAGAGUCAGCAAAGAGGCAGAUAUGGAAAUGAAAAUGAGCAGUGGUGCUCAAAAUAAAGUUCAGCAACCCAUUGCAAUCGAUUCUGCACAUGCUAAUCGUGAGCCUAUAUUUGAAUUUUUAGUUAAGUGGGUAGGGAAGUCUCAUGUACACAAUAGUUGGAUUUUGGAAUCUCAGCUGAAAGUCCUUGCAAAAAGAAAACUAGAAAAUUAUAAGGCUAAGUAUGGAACAGCUUUGAUAAAUAUAUGUGAGGAGAAGUGGAAGCAGCCACAACGUGUUAUUGCUCUUCGUGCUUCUAGAGAUGGUACGCAGGAAGCUUUUGUUAGAUGGACUGGUCUUCCAUAUGAUGAAUGCACUUGGGAAAAACUGGAUGAACCUGUUUUAUUGAAGUCUUCACAUCUGGUUGAUUUGUUUGAUCAGUUAGAACAGAAAACAGUGGAAAGAAAUUGUAUGAGGGGAACUCCAAUAAUAAAGGGGAGGGGUGAUGGUCAGAGGAAUGAGAUUGUUACUCUCACAGAGCAACCCGAGGAAUUGAAAGGAGGUAGCUUAUUUCCUCAUCAGCUUGAAGCAUUAAAUUGGUUACGCAGAUGCUGGUACAAAUCGAAAAAUGUGAUCCUUGCUGAUGAAAUGGGGCUGGGAAAAACAGUGUCUGCUUGUGCUUUUAUGUCAUCAUUAUACUUUGAGUUCAAAGCAUCUUUGCCUUGCUUGGUCUUAGUUCCACUGUCCACAAUGCCUAACUGGCAUGCUGAAUUUGCAUUAUGGGCCCCUAACGUAAAUGUUGUGGAAUAUCAUGGGUGUGCAAAAGCAAGGGCAAUUAUUCGCCAAUAUGAGUGGCAUGCUAGUGAUCCUAAUGAUAUGAAUAAGAAAACUUCUUCACAUAAAUUUAAUGUUCUUUUAACUACAUAUGAAAUGGUUCUCGCUGACUCCUCCCAUUUGCGUGGAGUUCCGUGGGAAGUUCUUGUGGUUGAUGAGGGCCAUCGUCUAAAGAAUUCCGGAAGUAAGCUAUUCAGCUUGCUCAAUACAUUCUCUUUCCAACACCGAGUUCUCCUAACUGGCACCCCUCUUCAAAAUAAUAUUGGUGAGAUGUAUAAUUUGCUUAACUUCUUGCAGCCAGCUUCAUUCCCUUCUCUGUCUUCAUUUGAGGAGAAGUUUAAUGACCUUACAACUGCGGAAAAAGUGGAUGAAUUGAAAAAACUUGUUGCUCCUCAUAUGCUUCGACGGCUUAAAAAAGAUGCCAUGCAAAAUAUCCCUCCCAAGACAGAAAGAAUGGUCCCUGUUGAGUUGACUUCUAUACAGGCUGAAUACUAUCGUGCAAUGCUAACAAAAAACUACCAGAUAUUGCGGAAUAUUGGAAAAGGGGUUGCACAGCAAUCCAUGCUGAACAUUGUAAUGCAACUGAGAAAGAUUUGCAAUCACCCCUAUCUCAUACCAGGAACUGAGCCUGAUUCUGGAUCAUUAGAAUUCCUUCAUGACAUGCGAAUAAAAGCAUCUGCAAAGCUCACUGUGCUGCACUCUAUGUUAAAGGCUUUAUAUAAGGAAGGGCAUAGAGUUCUUAUUUUCUCUCAGAUGACCAAGCUUUUGGAUAUUCUUGAGGAUUAUUUGACUAUAGAGUUUGGGCCUAAAACUUAUGAGAGGGUGGAUGGAUCUGUAUGCGUCUCUGACCGCCAAACAGCAAUUGCCCGUUUCAACCAGGACAAAAGCAGAUUUGUGUUUUUGUUAUCAACGCGCUCUUGUGGUCUUGGAAUCAAUUUGGCAACUGCUGACACUGUUGUUAUUUAUGACUCUGAUUUCAACCCACAUGCUGAUAUUCAAGCAAUGAACCGAGCUCAUCGAAUUGGACAGUCCAAAAGACUUUUGGUGUACAGGCUUGUUGUUCGUGCAAGUGUUGAAGAGCGUAUCUUGCAGCUUGCUAAAAAGAAAUUAAUGCUUGACCAGCUUUUUGUGAAUAAGUCUGGCUCUCAAAAGGAAGUAGAGGAUAUUCUGCGAUGGGGAACAGAGGAACUUUUUACUGAUUCUUGUAGCAUGGCUGGGAAAGAUGCUGGUGAAAGUAAUAGCAGUAAAGAUGAGGCAGUAGCAGAUACAGAGCAAAAACAGAGGAAAAGGGGUGGUGGCCUGGGGGAUGUGUACCAGGAUAAGUGUACAGAUGGCGGCAACAAAAUUGUCUGGGAUGAAAAUGCAAUUGCAAAAUUGCUUGACCGUUCAAUCCUUCAGUCUGGGACUGCUGAUAUUGCUGAAUUGGAUUUUGAGAAUGACAUGCUUGGCUCUGUAAAGUCUGUGGAAUGGAAUGAUGAACCAGUUGAAGAGCAAGGGGGAGCUGAAUCACCUUCUCUUGCUGGUGAUGAAAUUUGUGGACAAAAUUCUGAGAGAAAAGAAAAUACCGUGGCUAUGGCCACUGAAGAAAGUGAAUGGGACAAGCUUCUGCGCUCAAGAUGGGAGAGAUAUCAAAGUGAAGAAGAAGCAGUUCUUGGUCGAGGGAAGCGCCAGAGAAAGGCUGUUUCUUACCGAGAAGCUUAUGCUCUACAUCCAAAUGGAAUUUUGAGCGAGAGUGCCGGUGAAGAGGAAAAGGAGCCAGAGCCAGAGCGGGAAUAUACACCAGCUGGAAGGGCGCUGAAAGCAAAGUAUGCUAAGCUUCGUGCAAGACAAAAAUGGCGCCUUGCUCAGAGGAAUGCAAUUGAAGAAUCCCUUCCGGAUGAAGGACUUCCUAUUCCUGAGUCACCACUACGGUCUCAUUGUCCUCCCAGUAAGGUAAAGGACGAGAAUCAAGUAACGGAAUUUGCUCAACAAGUUAAAGAGAAGUCUCCAGAUAUGGACUUGGAAGAUAUCAAGUUACCCCAGCCAUUGGGUACACAGAAGAGCAAAGCUGACUCAACUUUGAGGCUGGGUAGGGUUUCAAAGCUUAAAGCCACCCAUUAUCUGGAUCUUUCUGCUAUUAAUUCUCCUGGUCACCCUUCUCCCGACUUUGGUCCAAGUCAACAAAAUCAGGGCGCAAACAAUAUUGAUUAUAAUUUGUUACCAGUUCUGGGACUUUGUGCGCCCAAUGCUAAUCACUUAGACUCAUCGCACAGAAACUCUUCACGAUUUGCUAAUAGACAAAGCAAGCCAGUGUUUGGACCAGAAUUUCCAUUUACUCUACCUCCUUCCUCUGUUGAGGCAGAUGUGAAAUAUCCAGAGACUAUGCUUGGCAAACUGAGAUUUCAAGAAGCAUCAGCAGAACUUUUACAACAGCACAUGAGAAGUGGUAUAUCAGAUGGUUGGCUCCCAUAUAGUCAGUGUCCUCCCCCUCUUCCGCGAGGGAAAAGUUCUGAAUGUUUUGAGAGUUCCAGUUCUAGUUUUGCUGAUUUUCAGGAGAAAAUGUCAUUACCAAAUUUACCUUUUGAUGAAAAAUUGUUCCCCAGAUUCUCAGUUCCUUCUAAGAGUAUGCCAAUUCCGCAUCCUGAUCUAUUACCUAGUUUGUCACUUGGAGGAAGAGUUGACACUGUAAACAACUCUAUGCGGGACCUUCCAGCAAUGCCGUUGUUACCCAAUUUGAAAUUUCCCUCUCAAGAUGCACCAAGAUAUAAUCAGAUAGACACGGAGGUGCCCCCCAUACCGGGUUUUGGUCAGAUGCCAUCUAACUUUACAUCUUUUCCUGAAAACCACAGGAAGGUGCUCGCAAACAUAAUGCUAAGGACUGGUUCUGGAUCAAAUAACUUGUAUAGAAAGAAAUCGAAAAUAGAUGGCUGGUCAGAAGAUGAACUUGAUUUUCUCUGGAUUGGUGUACGUAGACACGGAAGGGGCAAUUGGGAUGCCAUGCUUAGAGACCCCAGGUUAAAAUUCUCCAAAUACAGAAGUUCAGAUGAUUUGGCAGCUAGAUGGGAGGAGGAACAAAUGAAGAUCUUGGAUGCACCUCCCUUCCUAGGUUCAAAGGCAACUAAGUCAUCAAAGUCUUCCAAGUCACCCUUGUUCCCGAGUAUUCCUGAAGGAAUGAUGGCAAGGGCCUUGCACGGCAGUAGGCUUGGCUUAGCGCCAAAGUUUCAGUCCCAUCUAACAGACAUGAAACUGGGCUUUAGUGAUCUACCUCCAAGCUUGCAACAUUUUGAGCCACCAGAUCAUACCGGUUUGCAGCACGAGCAAUUUGGGCCCAUUCCGACUUGGAAUCCUGAAAAAUUACAUGCUGGGGAUUCUUCUGCUGGACCCUCUAGUUCAAAUGCCUCUGCUGAAAUGCCAUUCCUACUGAAUUCCUUGGGAUCAAGCAACUUGGGAUCAAGUAACUUGGGAUCUUCGGGUUUGAAUAGCUCUAGCAGCUUUGAUUUUCACCGCAGAGAAGAACAUAACAAGAUGAAGUAUGGGAGGUUGCCCAGUCUUCUGGAUAGGUCGUUAAAUAUUUUCUAUAAUUCUCAGAAUAAUGUUGAAAAUGGUGAAUCCAGCGGAUCUGCUUUGUUUGCAGACCCAAAUAAAGGGCUAGACGUUUCCCAUUCAAAAGGGAAAGAGGUCGUUGGAAGCAGUUCUUCAAAGGAUAAUCUCCCACAUUGGCUUAGGGAAGCUGUAAGUGCUCCUACUAAACCACCAGAGCCCAACCUGCCACCCACUGUAUUAGCAAUUGCUCGGUCUCUACGUGUAUUAUAUGGAGAAGACAAGUCUACAAUUCCUCCUUUUGUCAUACCGGGUCCUCCUCCUCCUCAGCCAAAGGAUCCAAGACGGAUACUCAAAAAGAAAAAAAAGAAGCGGCGAUCACAAUUGUUCAGGCAGUUUCCACUAGACAUUGCAGGAAACAUGCAGAAUUUUACAAGGCGCAUCCACGGCAGCAAAUUUGCUUCAUCCUCAACAUUUCAACCGCCUGCCUCUUUAAUUCCUGGAACAUCAGGCUUGAUGCGGAAAGAUUCCGACCGAAAUGGAAAAUUUUCAAACUUGAACAUGAUAAACUCAUUGACUUCAUCUUAUUUAAACUUGCCAAAGAAAACAACCAUGGGAUUGUCCCCUUCUCCUGAAGUGCUUCAAUUGGUGGCAUCAUGUGUUGCUCCAGGUCCGCACUUGUUGUCAAGUUCAGGCAUGACUGGCUCUAGCUUCCUUGAGAGCAAACCACCUUCGCCGAGAUCUGGUGACCAAGCUGGAUUAUCAGAUACACUAGUCCAACAACCUGAACCGACAAUCCAGGACCCACAUGUUUUGCAUCUUGAUGCUCAAGGUAUUUGUCCAGAAGAGAAACUAGGCAAACCUAACUCUGGCGAUUCCAGUAAGACUCCAUCGGAUCCUCCUCCAACUGAACAGCCAGAUGUGGAGGAGAUAUCUUCCAAGGGAACUAUUUCAGAUCCUCCUGUAAUUGAGCAUGAACAAUAGGUAUAAAAAGUUAGUAAUAUUCUUUCAGCUACUGGGAUUCCAGGCUUUUCAGUAAUGUGCUCAAAUUUUUGUAGGCAUGAUGUAAUGAGUGAUAAUUAUCGUAUAUAAGAUGAUGUAGGGUGUCUCUCUGUAAAAUUAUUGUAAGAGGAAAUGAAAUGAAAUGCAUAGUGUUGUUUUUUGCU